AUGGAGGCGUUGAGCCCGGUGCACCCCUCGGGCCGCGAGGCGCCGUCGAGCUGCGGCAGCGUGGAGCUGGCGCCGCGCUGCCUGGCCGAGCACCGUCACAACCUGGGACGCUCCGCGGCGGCCGCGGCAGGGCGCUGCGAGUUGGCCGAGGCGGCGGCCGACGAAUCCGCACUGUACCUGCGGUGCGAUAUGAACUACUGCUACAGACGCCUGCGGAAGCUGAUGCCCACCAUCCCGCGCAACAAGAAAGUCAGCAAAGGGAAGAUCCUGCAGCACGUUAUCGACUACAUCCUGGACCUGCAGCUCGCGCUGGAGACGAACCCCGCUCUGCUCAGACAGUCGCCCCAGCCCACGCCUCCGAGCCUCCGGGCGGGGAUUUAUCCGGCAGGGCGACAGCAUUCUGUGCGGCUGAGCUGCCUGGGCCAGGUGUGCUGCCGCCUGGGCCCGAGCCAGGAGCUCUAG